AUGACUUCGCUCGCGACGCUCUCGGCGCGCGUCACGGGCUUUGACUUUGCCACGUGCCACACGUACACGACCGUCGUGACGCUCGAGGACUUGUCGUGGACACUGGCGAUUCGGUACCGCAAGUUCUACGCCUUUUACGAGCAGCUCCGGACCGCCGAGCGGAGUUUCAAGGCCGAGUUCCCGCCCAAGAGCAGUCUCUUCUACUCGCCCAAGCCCGAAGAGCGCAAGCCCCGACUCGAUGCGUUUCUGCAGACUGUGAUUGCGUUUUACCUCAAGCGGCGGCAGCCGCGUGUGAUGAAUAAGCUCCUGCGCGAGUUCUUUCAGGUGGACAAGCGCCUGCGGGAGGCCAAGAAGGUGGUGAAGGCUAAAGCCGUGGGGAAAAAGGGGGACAAGAAGGAGGCUGCAGUGGAUGUGGUCCAGCCGAAGGACGGGGAGCAGGUGGAGCUUGUGGACGCUGCUAGUGGAGUGGGUGGGGGGUCGACGAUCACGGACAUUGCAGGGAAAGACAACCAGAAGAGCGAGACGGCGGGUGGAUUGAAGGGGGAAGAGCAGGUCAAGGGGGACGAGAAGGUGGCCGGGGAAGCAAAGGUGGAUGGAGGAAAAGAGGUGGUGGAGAAGGAGGUGGAGAAGAAGACUGAAGCUAAGGUGGAAAAGGAGGCGGAGAAGAAGACUGAAGCUAAGGUGGAGAAGGAGGUGGAGGAGGUGGUCAAGGUGGUCAAGGAAGAAGAGGAGGUGGUGACACAGGUGAAGGGUGAGGAGGUCAAGGGUGAGGAGGUCAAGGGUGAGGAGGUCAAGGGUGAGGAGGUCAAGGAUGAGGAGGUCAAGGAUGAGGAGGUCAAGGGAGGUGGGCAAGUGACGCCGGCGACGACGUCGACGACGACGACGACGAAGACGACGACGACGACCAUAUCGAGUGGAUCGACUGUCGUCGAGACAAACGUGACGAGUCGCCCGUCGCCGACGAAGACGGUGGUGGAUAAGAAGGUGACUAUCACGAGCACGUCGGACGACCCGCACUCGUUCAAGGUGGAGAUGUCGGACAGGAAGAAGUCUGUGGUCACGCUCUUGGCUGCGGCCAAGCAGAUGGUCGAGUCUGCGGAACAAGAGGCCAGCGAGAUGGUGGGGAUGUCGGAACAGAAGAAGUCUGUGGUGACGCUCUUGACUGCAGCCAGGGAGAUGGUCGAGACUGCACAUCAGAGGGCCAAAGACAUGGUCGAGACUGCGGAACUGGAAGUUCAGGACAAGGCGGAGACUGUGAACGAAGAGAUCACGGAGAUUGUAGAGACUGUGAAGAGAUCAAAGGAGACGGUCGAGGCUGUGAAAGAAGAGGCCAAGAAGACGGUCGAGGCUGUGAAAGAAGAGAUCAAGGAGAAGACCGAGUGUGUGAAAGAAGAAGCCAAGGCCAUGGUCGAGACUGUGGAAGAAGAGGCCAAGAAGACGGUCGAGACUGUCAAAAAAGAGGCCAAGGCCAUGGUCGAGACUGUGAAGGAAGGGAUCAAGGAGGUGGUCGAGGAUGUGGAAGAGGAGGUUGAGGACAUGGUCGAGACUGCAGAAGAGAUGGCGAAGAAGAAGAGACGCCACCGCAAGAAAUCGGUCAGUAAGCCUCCGCUCUCAUCCGCUUCGACAGUGAGCGACGGGUUCGAGUCGCCCGAUGGUGUGGACGACGUCGGGCGCGUCUCGGAUCUGUCCGAGUCGCAGAAGAAGGCUCGCAACCAGCGCCGUAAGGAGAAGCGAAAGAAGAAACAGAAGCGACUCCAGUCUCAGGACCUGAAGGCGUAA